AUGUCGAAGCGUGCAGCCGAAGUCGGGCAUGACGGCACCCCUCUCAAGGGCGGUGACCGUCCGGAGAAGAUGGACAUUGACGACAAGGAAAUGGGCGACUUCGAGGACGAGUUCGAGGACGAAUUUGAGAGCGAAGACGAGAUUAUCGAGGCCGGCGUGGACGGCCGGCCCGAUGCCGAGCGCGAAGCUGAAGAGGCCGCCGCCGCCAUGGAAGUCGACCAAGGCACCUUCAUCGUCGGCCGCCACAAGCUCGAGCCCGGCCAGGUGCUAACACCCGACCCGACCACCUACGAGAUGCUGCACAACCUGACGACGCCGUGGCCGUGCCUGUCGUUCGACAUCGUUCGGGACGGGCUGGGCGACAACCGCAAGGCGUAUCCGGCUACCAUGUACACGGUGACUGGGACGCAGGCCGACUACAAAAAGGCCAACGACAACCAGCUCCUGGUGAUCAAAUUCUCCGGCCUGUCGCGGAUGAACAAGGACCCCGACGCCGAGUCCGAUUCGGACGACGACGACGACGAGGACGCCGAGCCGAUCCUCGAGUCCAAGAGCAUCCCGCUGACCUCCACCACCAACCGCAUCCGCACGCACCAGGUUCCCUCCGACGACCCCAGCCGGCCGCCCACCACUCUGACGGCCACUAUGACCGAGUCGACUGACGUCUUCAUCCAUGACGUCACGCCGCACCUGGCCUCCUUCGAUAACCCGGGCGCCGUGGUGACCCCCGCGCAGAACAAGCCCGUGUCCACCAUCCGCGCGCACAAGGCCGAGGGCUACGCGCUCGACUGGUCGCCGCACCACCCCAACGGCAAGCUGCUGACCGGCGACAACAACGGCCUCGUCUACCAGACGACGCGAACCGACGGCGGCGGCUGGGUCACCGAUUCUCGCCCUUUCGCUGGCCACACCUCCAGCGUCGAGGACAUCCAGUGGUCGCCGUCGGAGCAGUCCGUCUUCGCCUCGUGCUCCUCCGACGGCACCGUGCGCGUCUGGGACGUCCGCUCCAAGACGCGCAGCCCCGCGUUGACGGUCAAGAUCUCCGACUACGACGUCAACGUCAUGUCGUGGUCGCGGCAGACCUCCCACCUGCUCAGCACCGGCGCCGACGACGGCACCUGGGGCGUGUGGGACCUGCGCCAGUGGAAGACCGGCGGGACCGGCAAGCCGCAGCCGGUGGCCAGCUUCGACUUCCACAAGGAGCAGGUGACGAGCGUGGAGUGGCACCCGACGGACGACUCCAUCAUGGCCGUCGCCGCGGCCGACAACACCGUCACGCUGUGGGACCUGGCCGUCGAGCUGGACGACGAGGAGAGCAAGGACACGGCCGGCGUCAAGGACGUCCCACCGCAGCUGCUCUUCGUGCACUACCUCAAAGGCGUCAAGGAACUGCACUGGCACCCGCAGAUCCCGGGCAGCCUGGUCGCCACGGGUGAGGAGUUUUCCAUCUUCCGCACGAUUAGCGUUUAA